CAGACCCUGCCAGCCCUGCGCCGGCGGCGGCGCGGCCAUGAAGCUGAAGCUGAAGAAUGUGUUUCUCGCCUACUUCCUGGUAUCGAUCGCCGGCCUCUUCUACGCGCUGGUCCAGCUCGGCCAGCCGUGUGACUGCCUCCCUCCCCUCCGGGCAGCAGCUGAGCAGCUUCGGCAGAAGGAUCUGAGGAUCACCCAGCUGCAAGCCGAUCUCCGCCGCCCACCCCCUGCCCCUGCCCAGCCCCCUGAACCUGAGGCCCUGCCUACUAUCUAUGUUGUUACCCCCACCUAUGCCAGGCUGGUGCAGAAGGCGGAGCUGGUGCGCUUGUCCCAGACCCUGAGCCUCGUGCCUCGGCUGCACUGGUUGCUGGUGGAGGACGCCGAGGGCCCCACCCCAUUGGUCUCUGGGCUGCUAGCCUCCUCAGGCCUCCUGUUCACACACUUGACAGUCCUCACCCCCAAGGCCCAGCGGCUCCGGGAGGGUGAGCCAGGCUGGGUUCAUCCCCGUGGUGUAGAGCAGCGGAACAGGGCCCUGGACUGGCUCCGGAGUGGAGGGGGUGCUGUGGGGGGAGAGAAGGACCCACCUCCGCCAGGGACCCGAGGAGUCGUGUACUUUGCUGACGAUGACAACACCUACAGUCGGGAACUCUUUGAGGAGAUGCGCUGGACCCGUGGCGUCUCUGUGUGGCCCGUGGGGCUAGUGGGCGGCCUGCGAUUUGAGGGCCCUCGGGUACAGGAUGGCCGGGUUGUGGGCUUCCACACGGCAUGGGAGCCCAACAGGCCCUUCCCAGUGGAUAUGGCAGGGUUUGCUGUUGCGCUGCGCUUGCUGUUGGCUAAACCCAAUGCCCAGUUUGAUGCUACUGCUCCCCGGGGCCACCUGGAGAGCAGUCUCCUGAGCCACCUCGUGGAUCCCAAGGACCUGGAGCCACGGGCUGCCAACUGCACUCGGGUUCUGGUGUGGCAUACAAGGACAGAGAAGCCCAAGAUGAAGCAGGAGGAGCAGCUGCAGCGGCAGGGCCGAGGCUCAGACCCAGCCGUUGAGGUGUGAUGGCGGCCCCAACCCUCCCACCACUUCAUCAGGCACCGACCUUGUGGGACUGGGCUCCUGGCCGGCCCAGGGUGUGGUUUCCACAGGCUGAUCCCUCAGAGCCAGGCUGGCCCCUCUGCCCCUUCAGCCCCAGGGAGAGGCCAGCUGCUUCUCCCCUCCCCCAGCCCGCCAUGUGGCACUGCCCACGGGCUGGGGACAAGCGGCCCUUGUAUUAAACCAGAUCUCCCUGUCUGGGGCGGAGCAGGACAUACGGACUCAGGAGGGAGGGCGGCUGUGUGACUGGGUAACUUAUUGGGGUCGGCAUGCACUGGGGGGCUGGAGGAGCUGGGCUGGACCCUCCCAACCUGAGCAUGCUGACCCCCCCCCCCACUUACCUCCAGAAUAAAAUAUCUCAACCUGG